CCUACCGUCGCUGGUAAACGUUGUGUAGAGGGCAGUAGUGCACUUGUGGUCGCAGAGAGAGACACACACACACGUCAUCUUCCAUCUCAUCUGUGGUGUAUCGCAUCCCAUCCACCUCUCAUCUGGGAGACGAUGAUUCCUCAACCAAGAGUGUUUGUGUUGGCCUUUGUGGCUGGUCUUGUCUUGGUCUCCUGCUCUCCAGCACCUCAGUUAUGUCUGAGAGCAGUGAUCUGUGAGGCUACUAUGUGGAAGGUUCAGCCUUUGGACGGUGCCAGAAGGAACAGUAGCAUCAGCAGCAGCGAGCGUCGUCAGGAACAGUGUCCGCUGGGGGAUGAGGUAGUUGUGGGCGGCAGUGAUGGGCGGCGGGCAGUGAUGGUGGUGCCUGUAGUGGGUGGUUUAGGGGCGUCUGCAGCCAGAACGUCCUGCCGCACCCGCCAGGCCCGCCCUCUCUUCCUUGACACCCAGCAAGACGCAGACAUCCUUCACCGACUCCUGAAAGACUGCGUCAAGACUGGGAAAAUAAGCAGCGUUUGGGUGCCGGCCCGCAGACACGCCCACCUGAAGAGAAUCAACCGCCCACUGGCGGAGACUACCAUAACAUCACUGGGCAACGUGGAAUACGACUGGAUGAACGCCCAGUACAACAGAACUACCGACAAUAUCACCCUUGUGCCCUUUCCCGAGAAAGUUAACCAGAGAAAGGGAAUACUCUGCGUUAGAGUGAAAGCCGAAUAGUGAUGUGCUUGACAAGUGAAAUUUGCCAAGAAACUGUUCUUCAAGUGACAAGGAAUAAAUUAAGACAUUUUUAUUUAGGUAUCGAUUUUUGUUUUUCUUGUUUUUUGGGGGGGUUUGCGAAAAAAAAGUGAGAACACCAAUAUCUCCAAUAUUGUGUUGCUUGUUUGACUAGUCUUUUUUUACGUUCACCUUCAAUGAAAGGAUUGAAUACGUAUAUACGUAAGCUUCUUCGUAAGUUCGUAUGAACGCCUAUUGACGAAUCCGGAUAUUCAGAACGCUGUGUUUGCUCUGAUUUUCAGAAAAUAGCAUGUGUUUUAUUUUUUUUAUUGACCAUAGGGCUGGUAAUGAUGAGAGAAAGAAGGAUUAGGUGAGGAAUAUCGACAUAGUAUAACUGUAAAUAGGGAGAGACUGAAAAAAAGUGACCCAUCCGCCUUGAAUUUUUUGCGCCUAAACGUUUGUGCUUAGAGACAGUGAUUGUUGGUUAGUGUUGUACACAGAACGCUUGGUUAGUGAGGCAUUUAUAUUAUAGCUCCGGGAUUACUGUGUUGAAGGUGACAGCUUUUGCGACUAGUUGAGCAGAUACUGACAGCUAUUGGUGCUUCACUUCUGCUGAUAAGCUGCCUUGCCUGGUGCUGGUGGCUGAAGCCAGGUGCUGGCUGCCGGCUGCUGUUGGCUGAAGCCAACUGCUGAUGGCUGAAACCAGGUGCUGGUGGCUGAAGCCAGGUGCUGGUGGCUGAAGCCAGGUACUGGUGGCUGAGGCCAGGUGCUGGUGGCUGAGGCCAGGCGCUGGUGGCUGAAGCCAGGUACUGGUGGCUGAGGCCAGGUACUGGUGGCUGAGGCCAGGUACUGGUGGCUGAGGCCAGGUGCUGGUGGCUGAGGCCAGGCGCUGGUGGCUGAAACCAGGUGCUGGUGGCUGAAGCCAGGUGCUGGUGGCUGAAGCCAGGUGCUGGUGGCUGAAGAAAGGUGCUGGUGGCUGAAGAAAGGUGCUGGUGGCUGAAGCCAGGUGCUGGUGGCUGAAGAAAGGUGCUGGUGGCUGAAGAAAGGUGCUGGUGGCUGAAGCCAGGUGCUGGUGGCUGAAGAAAGGUGCUGGUGGCUGAAGAAAGGUGCUGGUGGCUGAAGCCAGGUGCUGGUGGCUGAAGAAAGGUGCUGGUGGCUGAAGCCAGGUGCUGGUGGCUGAAGAAAGGUGCUGGCUCUCACUCUAAUAUCAGUUUCCUUCUGCUGCCAGUAUGCGUCUAAGUAUGUGUAUUCGUUAUUAAAUUAGACACAUGUAGCGGUAGGACACAUAUAUACAUACCAGGGCCAGGAGCUAAGACUCGACCUCUGCAACCACAAAUAGGUGAGUACACACCGAUUUUAUGCGCUUACACAAAUAUAUCUUCAUUCCUCUGAAGAUGUGUGUGUGUAAGCACAUUAAAGCGCUCAGGAUUUUUUUUAACUGUUUUCAUUGUGAUAUUUUUAUAUAAUUACUAUCACGCAUUUUAUUGUUAUUUCUUUCCCACAUACACACUAAAUAUUAUAUAUAUAUAAAUAGUGUUAAGAUGAAAAAGAACACAGUGUUAACCUAUAAAGCGAUAAGCUGAAAACGACCACGGUGUUCUAGCCACGGAACUGAGAUAUUUUAGUCUUCAUCACAAUGUUAAAGUGGAAAAGACCACGGAAAAGGCCAUGUUCGUCUAUAAAAUUCCUUUCAAACUUGGUAAAUAUGAGAAAGCAUUGUUACAUUGAGAAUAACACAGUCAGGAGGAGGGCGUGCCAGAUGCAGUCAACAACUCCUGUUAAGCGUCACCUUCCAGUGUGAAUGGUGACUAUUCUGUCGUAUGUAUAAUGUUCGCCAAGACCGUAGUCCUGGCACGGGUCUCAAUCUUGCGAUGACCCGUCUACUAUUCUGUCGUGAAAGUGAAGGAUUAUGUAACGUGUAGGUGACUGCAUCUACCUGAGAUGUUGUAUGGAUGAUAUCUGUAUUUAUCUAUGUAUCACACACACAUUGUCAUUAUAUAUAUAUAUAUAUAUAUAUA